UAUCACAAAAGAGAACGGAUAAUUGAUCCUUCAAAAUCCAUAUUUAUUGAUGUUUUCUUUUCCCUCGAUCACUAUAAAUCUUUUGUCAAUUACAAAUGGUGCAUGAGUACAGUAGUUUAAAGAAAAAUGUAUUCAAUGUUCUUGUUUAUGUAACAUCUAUUACCUCCCGUUCAGAAAUUACAAUCAUCAAGGUGUUUACAGCAUCGCUUUUAGCGAGACUAUCAAUAAAUAUCAUUACCUUAUCUUCUGCAAAAUCAUUUUGACAUCGAGUUACAUUAAACGCUUGUUACUAAGUUACAGAUGACUGCAAUUAUUUUCCACGAAAUGACCAAAUGCAAUAACUUGAUCGCACCGGAAAAUUUAUAUUCUAUCAAAAUGCAUCACCUGACAAAAUCUAAAGUAGUGGCUGUUCAAGACAUCAGCCGCUUUAUCCAGUACCAGACGUAUGAUUUUCAGUUCCCAUGAAAUAACAUUGAGAUGUCGAAAAUAAAAUAGAAUGGUUCUCAAUUCAGAACCACUGUUUAGGAGUUUAACACAACCUUCAGCCUCAAAACCUCUCACAGAUUUCUGUUCUUCAGAUGUUAUUAUAUUUUGUUUUUUGUAAUCACCAUUAGAUGUUCAUUAAUUUUGCAAUUUGAGUUGUUUUCAAUAUGGUAUAAGCGCUCAUAAUCUAGGACCCUUAAGUUCCUAACAAAGUAAUCCCUUAGUAUUUAUUAUAAUGUCUCCCGAUUAAUACAUCUCCUUGUUUUUCCUAAAUCAGUGAAUGUUUCCUCUAUUUUUCAUUAGCUCUUGUUCAAGAUUGUUUUCCGUUUGAAUGAUUUUAAGUUGUCCAAAUGUGGCUUCGAUACACCAGCCAUACCCCGACUAAUCGAACACUACAAUCAAUCGAUGUUAGUAAUCUCUGCAUUAAGUUUCAAAGUACUCAUGAUUAAUUCAAUGCGAGACAAGUGUUAAGGUGUUACAAACAUGCUACAAUAAAACAUCAAGUUUAAAUACGUGAAGAGUGUUUGUUUUUAUUAUUUUUUUUUUUGACUUCCUCACGCACCCCAAAUAUAGACAUCACGAAAGAUAAUGCUGUCUCCUAAUAUCUCAUGAAUGGUAUCAACAAAUAUUUUGGCCAAGUGUCUCAAAAAACUCCCAGUGCUGUGAUAUCAUCAGCUGUGUCACCAAAUAUCUCAACAAAAUAUUGUCUCAAGUGGUCAGUUGAAAAAUUCUGUUCGGUGAUUCAUCCACCUAUAUCUGGACUGAUAUUAUUAGCAUCGCGAAAUAUCCAGUGCUUUUGAAAAGCAUAAUGAGUGGGAUGGAACUUCCUGAGAGCCAAGGCGUUCACUGCCUAUUUAAAGAACCCCCAUCAAACGAUCUGAAUCAGUUGUGCCGGUGAAAAGGUACUUGUCUCUUUGAAUUUUCCCUAGGAAUAAUCUCAUCAGAGUCAUUCUCAAUGUCUAUUGUUCCACUGAUGUUUCGUGAUUGGUGGGAGGAAUUCGAUCGGCCUGCAUCGAGAUUGAUCGAUCAGCAUUUCGGAAGCGGUUUGAGCCGCGAUGAUUUGCUAACUAGUUUUUCAUCGUUGGGGCUUGGUAGAUCACGACCAUUAUUCACUUCACCUGGGUACUACCGACCAUGGAGGACAUUGGCGAGACAAAAUUCUGGUGGUGCAAGCACUAUUCAGUGUGACAAAGACAAAUUUGAAGUGAUACUAGAUGUGCAGCAAUUUUCACCGGAUGAGAUAUGCGUGAAGACGGUCGAUGAUAAUGUUAUCGUCGAGGCCAAACACGAGGAGAAGAAGGACGAGCACGGAUUCAUAAGCCGUCACUUUAUCAGACGUUAUGUGUUACCUUCAACACACGACCCAAUGGGUGUUACGUCGAGCCUCUCCUCCGAUGGGGUCCUCACGAUCGCCGCAACCAGAAAGAAUGUCACACCAGCGGGAACCGAGAGGAUCGUCAACAUCGUCAAGACCGGAACCCCAGCAGCUAAUAAACCUGAAGAGGCUAAACAACAUGUAAUUACAACCGAAGAGGAGAAAUAAUCUCUCAUUCAAUAAAAAGCGCGAAAUAAAUUCACGAAUUCCAUUAAAAUCUUUCGUUUUUUCAUCUCAAAUCCAAAUGCUCCCAAUAAAAGACGAAUAAAUUGACAAAAAAAUGAGCAGAAAAUAAAUCUCAAUCGAUGUCUGAAAAACAUCUGCAAACGACGAUAAUAAUUAUCAAAUCAUCCCCGCUGAAAAUAACAAUAACAAUAAAAUAAUUCCGGAUCCCAAUUUGUCGACAUCCAGUCAAAAAAAUUAUCCAACCGCUAAUUUAAUUAUUGGAAUUGCCCCACCUCCCAAGGCCGUAUUGCGUCGUCUUUAGUUGCUGGAAAAUGGAAUAAGUAUAUCCAAAAAAAAAAGAAAA